GCCAGGAGGCGCACGCGCAGUCCCUCGGGCCACGCACUGGCUGAGAGAGGUGUUUGGACGGAGUUACUGCUCCGCGGCCGCGGAAGGACGGGUGGGCGGGGCUCCGCGGAAACCGGAAGUAUCUAGUGACAGGCACUUGGAGCAGUUCCGAUGACUGUCCACAACCUGUACCUGUUUGACCGAAAUGGAGUCUGUCUGCAUUACAGCGAGUGGCACCGCAAGAAGCAAGCGGGGAUCUCCAAGGAGGAGGAGUUCAAGCUCAUGUACGGGAUGCUCUUCUCUAUUCGUUCGUUUGUCAGCAAGAUGUCCCCGCUAGACAUGAAGGAUGGGUUUCUGGCCUUCCAAACCAGCCGUUACAAACUCCAUUACUACGAGACGCCCACGGGGAUCAAGGUUGUGAUGAACACUGACUUGGGCGUGGGGCCCAUCCGAGAUGUGCUGCAUCACAUUUAUAGUGCGCUGUACGUGGAGCUGGUGGUGAAGAACCCCCUGUGCCCGCUCGGACAAACUGUGCAAAGCGAGCUCUUCCGCUCCCGCCUGGAUUCCUACAUCCGCUCUCUGCCCUUCUUCUCUGCCAGGGCUGGCUGAAGGAGCACCCGCCUCACCCCUCAGGAGAAUCUGUCUUCCUGGGGCCCCUCCUAACCUGCUUCCCCUCAGGGCUCUCCACUGCCUGCCCUCGAGCCCCCGGUGCAGCCCACCCUGGUGCCCUCCCCGUCACCUCCAAACCAGGCCCUCUCUGCAGGUUUAUCCUCUACCAGAUGCCAUGAGAAGUACAAAAUAAACUUUUUUUUUGUCACUA